CAUCCUGAUUUGGACUUACUUGAGAGUUUACGGGCUGUGCGUCAGGCUGCAGUCCGUGCACUGGACGUGGAGCACGCGGUGGUUUGUGGAUGCGUCUGCAGAGAGAUUCACUAAGAAAAGCUUGUUUUUAACCAGGUAACUGUCUUUACUGUCGUAAACCUAAUUGAAAACUGACCUUAAACUGUGCCAAGGACCAUGCCUUUGGCGGUUAAUGUUCAACUCUAGCUGCGCCUGAGGAGGGGUCUGGGUUUGGAGAUGGUAGUUUGACUCCGGAGACGCGCGGACAUGGGCACCGGGACAAGCCGAGGGAAGAAAGUGGCGCCGGCGUGUGCCAGCGAGGCGAGCGUCGCCAAAACCGGGUCCGGCGUCGCUUCGCCCAAACGGGACACGACUUUAUUCAAGCCUCUCAAAAUCCACGCGAUUUUACGCAGCGCGCGUAAUCGCGCGCAGCCGGACUGCCACAGCGAGGGACAGGAGUCCGACCUGUCCGCAGAGGACGAGGACGUGGACGGAGAGCUGGACACGGUGCUGGAGGACUACGGGGAGCGAGGUGAGAGGGUUUCUGUGAAGAAAACUCCGACGAAGAAAUCCUUCAUGAGGUCCAGGACGUACGGACUGUGCCACUUCGGAGGAGGAGGAGGAGGAGGAGGAGGAGGGGGGGAGGAAGAGCGAGCCGCGGAGCCACGUGUCCAACACAGCGGGACUGCUGGUGUAAACAAAAAGAACAAGACGCACUCCGAAGAACACACAUCUCCGUGUCCCAAGCAGCGCAGUUCCUCCUCACAGGACUUCUUGACAAGAGGGGCUUUGUUUGGAGCUGUUCCCACACCAGAAAAACAAUCGACUUUUGGCAGCUGCCACAGCUCCUCUCUGGCCAUGCCAGUCAUCCUGUACGACGGAUCAGAGGAAGAGCUGAUGGACACUAUUGAGAGGGAGUUUAGCUGACCUCCAGCUGAGAACGCUGUCGUCGUGCUGCUGGAGUUUUCAGCAGCCUGGAUGGAGUGAGAUGGCUUGUAGACAAUAUUUCUUAAAAGAGAGAAGAAAAAAAAACCCAGGGCUUACUUGGACAGAUUUCUCUACAGGGAAUUCUAUGAUCUGUAUUCAUCGCGCUGCCUGGAUACAUGCAACAUUGUUUGGAUUAAACUUAAACAGCCCCUACCCCGGCCUUUGCAUUUACCCAAGUCUUAUUUAACGACAAGUGGCAGUGUAAUUGCAGGGUUAUCACACGGGCUUGAACAGGUGCCAGGAAGUUCUCUGUUAACCCACCGAGGCCUCCUCGGUCUGUUGUGUGCAGCAGCAGGGUGUCACUGUCAUCCCCUCUGUCCUGUCUGGCUCCCACAGGGCGUGCGCUCACCCGUUACCCAUUACUUACAUUGCUUCAUCUUCACGGGUAAAUGAGUGAACACAGAUGUUGGAAACUCAAUGAUUUGGGCGAACAUUUAGUUGCAGAGUUUGAAUCUUUAACCGUUUUGGGCGCACAGUGCUGUUCUUUAUACAUCCACGGCGGCCCUGGAGAGGUAUGUUUACAUAAGGUUUCCUUCCUGACCACAGUUCCUGCACUUUUCCACCCUUUAGAAGGAAUGUGUGGCACAAGAAGAGAAUUCUGCUCACAUUUAAACAGUGAAGGCUGCUGCCACCCAGUGGCAGGAUGCAGUAACUCUGUACAAUUCCACGACCGCGAUCUGUCAACAAACGGAUCUGCCGCUGACAAUAAGAUCAUUCAGAAUUUUCUUUUUUGAAUAAAAUAUCUAAGAAAAAAACAAACCUGUUUAUCUUACUUUUUUUUUACAACAACAGUAACCUUCCAAGUUAAGUCACCCAUGUGUUGUAAAAAAAAAAACUCAACAGACAAAAGCCUUUCGAAGUGCCUUUUAAUCAUGAGCCAUCUGUGUUAGUGAAUGUUUCACAUUAAAGACUGUACAAAAUAAAAUGUGCAUUUGUAAAACAAUAAAAUACAGCUACAUUAAAUAUUUUUUUGCACAAUAUAUAUGUAAAAAAAAUAAUGUUCAAACCAAAGUUUGCUGGAGGCAGUGCAGUACCUAUUAAGUACUUUUAUGGUAAAAGUAAGUGUUUGAUAUU